AUGGCCUGGGGAGAUUCCUGGUGUCUUGGGUGCUCAUCAGGCGAGGCUCUCACUAAGGAACUCGCUGGGCACUGGGCUUCAGCGGGGGCUAGGACUUUGGCCGAGGACCUCAUUUUGUCUACCGUGAGGCAGGUGAGGUUCUUGAGGAAUCUCACCCAAGGCAUCCAGUCCAACCAGCGAGCUUCCGCCCAGGCCGUUUCGCAACGUGCCAAGGGGGAGCCGCCCGAGAGGCCAGAACUUGCCCGAAAGCGCCCGGCCCAGGCCUCAACGGCGCACCACACGACUGCUCCCAAGAGCAAGGCAAACAAGGACACUAAGGAGGAGUCCCCCGUGCACUACGAGGAGGAGUCGGUUGAGGAAGAGGAGACAGAAUCAGAGGCUGAGGAUCCGAGGCCGGUGGGAGACGGAGCGCGUCGUCCCCCAGAGCCGCCUGGGCCACCACCGGGCAGCCGCACCGCAUCGGCUGGUGGACGUCACUCCAACCGGGCCGAGACAUCAAAGAAGGAAAGCAAACAGAGUCACAGGCAGGGAGAGUAUCUACCGGUUGCCAUGAGCCGACGUGUGCACAAAGAGGGUGAGCAUUUUUCAUUGCUGGAUCUCUUGCAAUGGAGCAGCUUCGCCACGGUCAGGGGAGACAUUGUGGCAUUCGAUUUACGGGACAGUUCACAUCCUACAGACAGUUCGCAAUGGGUUGCUUUCAUGGUUAUCCAGGUUCAGCUCAACAGGGCAGAUGGUUCCUUGACAGUGGAGGCGAAGAGUCUUGGAGGAGAGAACGUGGCGCUCAGCAAAGAGUUGUCGCAACAGUUCAACCGCAAGCGUGGGAGGCUACACUUCUGCGCCUCCGACCCCUGCCUCCACGAGGACCUUGGAGAUAUCCAUGUAAGAAGUUUCAACUGGUACAGCCUCGAGGGCUAUGCAGAGCACCUCACGGUUUCGGCCCUUCGUUCCGCCCGGAAAUGGGCAGAAACACCACGCGAAGCUGGCCUGGAGGAAGUCAGGGAUUCAGAGGACGAGACUCAUCCUGGUUCAACAGCAGAGCAUGGUGGCGACCCCGGACCCGUGCCAGAGGAGCUGGCUGGGGACGAGGCUCCGCCAAGAGCAGGACAGUUUGUUGCUGGCGGCACGGAAGCACGGCAGGGAGGUGACAAAGGCGGGCGACAAGUGAUGAGCCCCUUGCGGGCCCUGGAGCUGGCAGAUGCCGGGCUCAUCGCUAGUUUCACUACAGAUACAAUUCAAAUGGGCUUGGAAGUCUUCACACAGGCGCUGUUGAAUACAAGCACGCUGGGAUCACUGGGGUGCAGCAUCGCCUGGCUUUUAGUGCAUGUGGAGGCUUCGGAGCGGCACGUUUUCACCAGAGCACUACGACAGAUCAUUUUUGAGAGCUGCAAGAUGUCACAAGUCGGACCCCGCCGAGGUUCGAUUUUUCCGAUUCCACUUGGGAAGCUGGAGGGCUUCAAAGGAGUUGUGAUGGCUUCUCGCCUGUCUCAAGUCCAAGAGCCAGGAUUCGCGGAACGCUGGCAGGUGGAGGCCUGGCUGUUCUGCGCCCUGGCUGGGCUUAAUGGGGUGAGCGGUAGUCUACAGCCACUGGCGCCAGGCCCGACCACGAAGGUGCAGGGCCGUGCCGUGGCCUCCUUGACCAGGACAGUGGAGCGUUUUCUUCAUUUGGGAGGCCAGAGGAGACACCCAGGAGGGAAGACAGAAGCUGGCCGGGCACUUCAUGAGCAUGUAGAGGAUGCUUGGGAUCGUGCUGGCUUGGUUUCGUCGGUGAAGAAACGCGUGUCGGAUGCUGAAACAAUUCAAGAACUUGGUGCAUGGAUCGAUGGCUCCUCUCAGACCAUUUCGGUUUCCGGGGAGCGUUUUAUCAAACUCAUCCAGGCCACCCUCUAUCUACUUAACCAAAGAUUCUUGGGAAAGAAACUAGUUCAGAUCGUGGUUGGUCGAUGGGUGCAUGCAUUACAGUUUCGGCGGCCGGUGAUGGGGGUCUUGCAGGAAGUUUGGAACUUCGUUAGUGCUGCACACCCAACACCAAGCAUGGUUCUUAAGACCCGCAGGGAACUAUGGAACCUCAUCCUCCUGGCUCCAUGUGUGCACACUUUCAUGGGAGCGCGCAUCGACUCGUCCACUACGGCGUCCGAUGCCUCCAUGAGGGGAGGAGCGGUAGGUGUCGCAACCGAGCUUGGUGUCGAGGGGCGUGAUUUCGUUCUCAGUUCCAUAGCACGGAGCAGUGAUGUAGGCACAACCCCCAUCUUGGUGCUCUCCCUCUUCAACGGAAUAGGCGGUUGUUUCAGGAUUUAUGACAUCUUGGACAUCAGGCCCUUAGGCUUGAUCUCGGUGGAGCUCUUUGCACCGGCUAAUCGGAUAGUAGAGAAGCGUUGGCCCCAAGUCAAAACCGUGCCCGAUGUGCGGCUGGUUGACUUGGCAAUGGUCAAGGAUUGGCUGCUCGAAUUCCCCUCGGCCCGAGAGAUUCAUCUUUGGGCAGGGUUUCCCUGCGUGGACCUGUCCAGUGCCAAGGCUUUCCGGCAGGGGCUCGAGGGCCCAUCAUCUUCGUUGGUGCAUGAAAUACCGCGGAUCGAGGACCUCCUUCGAAGAGUGUCUGGUUCUCGGAAGCUCAACUUUAUCCUCCAGCAGUUGAACGCGUUGCUUCUAGCUUUCAACAUCUACCUCAUUAUAGGCCAUACAGCCUUAGGAGAGGUGGUGCAACAGACCUCUUUCAACGGAGGUACGGGUUUCUUUGCGGCACCUGGCAAUGUGGAGGACAUGCCCAUCGUGGCGAGCGGCUCCCGGGUGGGGGCGGCCGUCGGCUCGCAGAGGGGACGCCAGGGGGACAUCGCGGCAGAGGGCUUUGCUGCGGCGCGAGGUCACCGUGUUGCUCAUGCAAGGGAUUUGGCAAAGUUGGACAUUGGUGCCGCAAAUAUCGGAAAAGUGGACAGCAUAGAUCCCAACAUUCCUGCAAGACAAGGCCUUGCAUCAUUCUGGAAGUUCAUUGAGCGUUUGGGACCUAUGUUGUGGAUGAUCCUGUUGGCCCUCACGCACGAAGUCAAGAUGCACAUGGUAAUUUCCAGUUCUGUCUAUUCCGACCUCACCACGGUCAUGCCGUCUGAGAACCUUGAGGCUGUGAAGUGUGAGCCGUCGGAGAUACAUCCCAAGCCUGAGGGCGCGCGGCCGAGUCACAAAGUGUUAGACAUGCAACAGGAGGAGCAGCAUCCCCAGUCGCCAGUCUUCCAACACUUCACCACUCCUCCUGGCAGCACUGGAAACCAUUCCAGUGAAGACCUGGGCACCCCAUUGCGUAAGAGCACCACUAGUGGACAGUCCAAAAGAGCAUCUCGGACCUGGGACCACGGUCGCCAAGCACUGAUGGCAGAAGUAGUCCAGAAGCAGAAGAAGAAGGUGAAGCUGGAGACCUCAAAGUCAUCCUCUUAG